CGGCGAGUUUCUCAAGUCCUUUCUCGGUCCGAUCAGCAACCCGGAGAAGGGACAUAUCACGAGAAAAAAGUGUUACAGUUACACAUUUGUUGGAGUUUCUGCAUCACAAAUUUUUUCUGUGUGGCAGAGAAAACUUGUAAUGCGAAGAUCAUAAGGGAAAACAGGAAGGAAACGAGGCUCCCAAGCAUUUCCUGCAUGAGAAAGGUUGUCUCUGUUGCCGGUCUUGCAACGCAAUGUGUAAGCGUAACACUUUUUUCUUGCGAUAGGACGGGAGAUCUGUGCCUGCCUGAUUGACCCGCUUUUGCAGAUCUAUCCUGUGCAAAAGUAUCGUACUCGUAUAAAUGCAAUUCUUGCAUCACAGGUCUUUUACUUAAGGUAAAUCCGCAUUACUUCUCAUGCUGAGGAAAUUUGUAAUGCAUUUAUACGAGUACGAUACUUUUGCAGUUCAUAAGAUCUUGGACGCGACGAUUCGGGCGCGGGACUACACCAUCCAGGUGCAUCUGAUCGGUAUUCUCCGCGUCAUGCUGGUGCUGUCCAACCAAUUCGCCUCCGGGGGGCAAGAGAUGGCGGGUAAAAGUUGUACUAGCAGCUUUGCCGGAACUACGAAUCAACAAACUAGUGAGAUGGCAACUUCUCACGUGAUGCGGAAGGUCAUUGGCAACAGCAGCGGUGCUAGUACUACCUCUCCGACCUCGCAACGCGACAUGAUGCUGGAAAGGACUCCACAAAUAACCCCCGCGGUUGGACGACAAGGAGAGCCGCAGGAUCAUUUUGGUUUGACCGUAUCAUCUACUUCGCCCUCCGGCUUGAGCCCCAACAGCUCGGUAGAUGGUCGUGAAAACUUCACCACUAAUGCCUCGCUCCUGCAAGAAUCGAGGCGGAGGACGACCAUGAGCCAGGGUGUUUCUGCGACAAUGUCUUCGAACACAUCGACUCCAACUGUGCGGGAAAAGGCGACUGUUGAUUCAACAUCGUCGGCAAGGUUGUACCAAGACCGGCAUAAUUCGAAGAAGCAAACUACUUCACAAAGAAAUUAUAAGCCCA